GUGGCCUUGGGGCGCAUUUUUUGCGGAAGUAGGAGGAGGUAGCAGUGCUGCGUAAACGAGGUCCCUGCAGGCCCAGAAUCGGGACAGCGCUGGUGGGGGCUAUCGGGGUGCCUGUGUAGGACACCGCUGCACUGGUGAGGUGGGCAUGGGAGACCGCGCCCAGCUGACCAGAGACCCCGUUUUCUUCCAGACUGAGGGGGCAGGCGGUAGGGCCUCCCCACCUGCCCCGGGGAGGAUGCAGUUCUUCGGCCGCCUUGUUAAUACCCUCAGCAACGUCAGCAAUUUGUUCUCCAACCCAUUCCGGGUGAAGGAGGUAGCCGUGGUCGACUACACCCUGAGUGAACGUGUUCGGGAGGAAGGGCAGCUGAUCCUGUUCCAUAACGUCCCCAGUCGCACCUGGGACUGCCUCCUGGUCAACCCCAGGAACUCACAGAGUGGCUUCCGACUCUUCCAGCUGGAGUCAGAGGCUGAUGCCUUGGUGAACUUCCAACAGUAUUCCUCCCAGCUGCCACCCUUCUACGAGAGCUCCACCCAGAUCCUACACGUGGAAGUCCUGCAGCACCUGACCGACCUUAUCCGCAACCACCCCAGCUGGUCAGCUGCUCACCUGGCGGUGGAGCUGGGCAUCCGGGAGUGCUUCCAUCAUAGCCGCAUCAUCAGCUGUGCCAACAGCACGGAGAAUGAGGAGGGCUGCACCCCCCUGCACCUGGCCUGCCGCAAGGGGGAUAGGGAGAUCCUGGUGGAACUGGUGCAGUACUGCCAUGCCCAGAUGGAUGUCACUGACAACAAGGGAGAGACGGCCUUCCAUUAUGCCGUGCAGGGGGACAAUUCCCAAGUGCUGCAGCUCCUAGGAAAGAACGCCUCGGCCGGCCUGAACCAGGUGAAUCACCAAGGGCUGACCCCUCUGCACCUGGCCUGCCAGAUGGGGAAGCAGGAGAUGGUGCGUGUGCUGCUGCUGUGCAACGCUCGGUGCAACAUCAUGGGGCCCAGUGGCUACCCCAUCCACACAGCCAUGAAGUACUCCCAGAAGGGGUGUGCUGAGAUGAUCAUCAGCAUGGACAGCAACCAGAUCCACAGCAAAGACCCUCGCUACGGAGCCAGCCCACUGCACUGGGCCAAGAGUGCCGAGAUGGCUCGCCUGCUGCUGAAGCGGGGCUGCGACGUGGACAGCACCAGCAUGUCGGGGAACACUGCCCUGCACGUGGCUGUGAUGCGUAACCGCUUUGACUGCGUCAUGGUGCUGCUGACCUACGGGGCCAAUGCUGGUGCCCGAGGCGAGCACGGGAACACUCCACUGCACCUGGCCAUGUCGAAAGACAACAUGGAAAUGAUCAAGGCCCUCAUUGUGUUUGGAGCAGAGGUGGAUGCCCCCAAUGACUUUGGGGAGACUCCUGCAUUCAUAGCCUCCAAGAUCAGCAAACUGGCCACCAGGAAGGCGAUCUUGACUCUGCUGAGAACCGUGGGGGCUGACUACCACUUCUCAGCCAUCCAAGGUGUCUCCAUGGAGCAGGAGUCUGCGGCAUCACCCUUGUUCUCCCUGGAGAGAGCUCAGGCCCCAACGAUCAGCUUAAACAACUUAGAGCUGCAGGACCUCAUGCAAAUCUCCCGGGCACGGAAGCCAGCGUUCAUCCUGAACUCCAUGAGGGAUGAGAAGCGGACCCAUGACCACCUGCUCUGCCUGGAUGGAGGGGGCGUGAAAGGCCUGGUCAUCAUCCAGCUCCUCAUCGCUAUUGAGAAGGCCUCAGGCAUGGCCACCAAGGACCUCUUUGACUGGGUGGCGGGGACCAGCACAGGGGGCAUCCUCGCCCUGGCCAUUCUGCACAGCAAGUCCAUGGCUUACAUGCGUGGCGUGUACUUCCGCAUGAAGGAUGAGGUGUUCCGGGGCUCGCGGCCCUACGAGUCGGGGCCCCUGGAGGAGUUCCUGAAGCGGGAGUUUGGGGAACACACCAAGAUGACAGACGUCAAGAAACCCAAGGUGAUGCUGACAGGAACGCUGUCUGACCGGCAGCCAGCCGAGCUCCACCUCUUCCGGAAUUAUGAGGCUCCAGAGGCCACUCGGGAGCCUCGGUUCAGCCAGAAUAUUAACCUAAAGCCUCUGACUCAGCCCUCAGACCAGCUGGUAUGGCGAGCAGCCCGGAGCAGUGGGGCAGCCCCCACCUACUUCCGGCCCAAUGGGCGCUUCCUGGAUGGUGGGUUGCUGGCCAACAACCCCACACUGGACGCCAUGACUGAGAUCCAUGAGUACAACCAGGACAUGAUCCGCAAGGGGCAGGGUAACAAAGUGAAGAAACUCUCCAUCGUUGUCUCUCUGGGGACAGGGAAGUCCCCACAGGUGCCUGUGACCUGUGUGGAUGUCUUCCGCCCUAGCAACCCCUGGGAACUGGCCAAGACUGUUUUUGGGGCCAAGGAACUGGGCAAGAUGGUGGUGGACUGUUGCACAGAUCCAGAUGGGCGGGCCGUGGACCGGGCACGGGCCUGGUGUGAGAUGGUCGGCAUCCAGUACUUCAGAUUGAACCCCCAGCUAGGGUCAGACAUCAUGCUGGACGAGGUCAGUGACGCAGUGCUGGUCAAUGCCCUUUGGGAGACUGAGGUCUACAUCUAUGAGCACCGAGAGCAGUUCCAGAAGCUCGUCCAGCUGCUGCUCUUGCCCUGAGCCCCCAGCCCCUUCAUGUAAGGGUGGGCAAGGCCACCCACCAUACUGGGGCAGAGCCAGGCCAGGCGGCUCCACAUCUACUCAUGAACUAGGACUUGGAGUGGGUGCAGCUUCCUCCCAAGGCCAGUGCUAAGGCCUCCGUCCUGGGUCCACCCGCACCUUGUUAUUCCAGGCUGAGAGCCCAGAGCCUCCCUCAGCCCCUUUCCCUGACUGUGAAGGAAAACUGACUUGACCCACAACCCUGCACCCCUCAGCUCCAACACUAAGGGUACCCAGUGUCCCCACCCCUCACCUAGCCCCAGAGGCCUGCGAGGGCUCCCCAAGGUCUUCUGGAGGUGCGACUCCCCCAUUCAGCCCUCUUUCCUAGGGGCAGAGAGUAGAGAAAUGGUAUCCCCACCCUACCAGCCAGGAAAACCCAGGUUCCAGGACUGGGGUGUUCCAUUCGACUUUGCCCUCCACACACCUCAGCCACCCCACCGGAGAGCCCUCCCAGCUCCCAAAGGUCAUUCCUGUGAGCAAACUUGCUCUUCUCUAUGGAAGUGGUGUGCAAGUGGGGAGGGGCCCAGGGGCUGCCCCAAAACUGUGAAAUAAACUGUUUGG